GCUUAAUUCAUUGAUUGAUUACUAGCACUGGAGUGUCUUUGUCCCAUUAAAUUUUUAUAUAUAGUUGAAAGUAAAGGGACAAAAAAUACAAAAAUGUUCAAAAGUGUUCAAGGAAGCUUUCUGCUCAUACUGGUGCAUUUAUAUAAAUAUUGUGCGGAAAGUGAUGAAUGUAUAGACAACAUUUUAAAGGAUAAUAUGAAAUUGUUACAUAAUGAUCUAACUCAAAGAAUUGAUAAUUUAAUUAGUUUAGUCGACAAUCAGAGAUUUUCAAGACACACUUUAAAACAGAUUGAAUGCGAUGGACAGAUUACAUUAAAUCAAAACUUGAACAGUGACAAUACAACGGAUUAUCUAAUCUCUUCGAAGGAUUAUCCAAAAAAUUAUCCACAUAAUCAUAAUUGUAUGAUAAUUAUAAAUGUUGAAGAAGCGUUUAACGGGCACAUAGAAUUGACAUUUGAUGAAUUCCAUCUUGAAUUUUCAAAAAAUUGCCGUUACGAUUAUCUAGCAAUUUCGGAUGACAAACAAAAAGUAAUUUUAUGCGGAAAAGGGCUAAUUAAAAAUUCAACUGGAAAUUCUGCAGACGAGGUUAGUUUCUUUAAAAAUGGAACAAUGCAGCCAAUCAUAAAUAAAACAUUUAAAUUUAAACCAAAUGGAGCGUUAGUCAUUCGUUUUAAAACUGGCAAUAAAUUUACAUAUUCUGGAUUUGUUUUAAAAGCUAAUUUUAGAAAUGACAAGUUCAAUUGUUAUGGAAACGAAGCAGUUUCCGAUAAAAUUGAUAAAAUAGCCACAACUGAGAUGAUAACAACCAAAGAUAGUACUGUAGAAGAAUUUUUAACUACCAACAACUCUGAUAGAAAAACAACAAAUAGUAAUACUACUCCUCCUCCUGUGGAAAUAGACACAACUACUCCUAUGCCCCAAUUAACAACAAAAACAACAAAACUAGCAACACUGCUUGUAAAUAAUAAAGCAGUUUUUUGUGGCAGUAGAACAAUUCCGAAAUUUAAUUUUGAUUGUCAUGGAAAAAGUUAUAAUAUCAUUUCAAAUAAUCCAUAUUUACCCAAUUCAAAUUGUCUUAUUCAUUUAAUGCCUCCAAGAGGAAAGAAAGGGGAAGUGGAAUUUAAAUUUCUCUCAUUCAAUCUACAGAGAAAUACAGGAAACGAUUACGAUGCUCUAACAUUUGCUCAAGGUUUUCGUCAUAUUCAAUAUUCUGGAAAAGCAAAUACAGUGGGCGCGGGAACGGAUCGAAUCAGCAUCUUUAGAGGACGGAAAUUAAAACCUCCCAAACUCCGAACAACUUAUUACAUUCGCGAAAGUGGAGAUUUCAACAUCAAUUAUUUUGAAGCUACCGAUACGGGAGGAAGAUCAUUUGAAAUGCUUGUACAUACAAAAUGUACAUCUUAG